AUGGCUGAAUUGAUAAUGCUUGUGCUUGAUGAUGAAAAGGCUCAUGAAAGAGGGCUUAUUAAUACAAGAGGAGCUGAUAAGUUUGUUAGGCAAAGCCAUGUGCUGAUGCCUGCUGACCAUGUUGGUACUAGAAUCUUGAGGAAGUUUUCAAAUUCCGGAGGUGUUCCUAAAGGUCAUUGUGCAGUAUAUGUAGGAGAGAGCCAGAAAAAGAGAUUCGUCGUGCCGAUAUCUUACUUGAGCCAGCCUUUAUUUCAAGACUUGUUAACUCAAGCUGAAGAACAGUUUGGCUUUGAUCAUCCAAUGGGUGGUCUCACAAUACCUUGCAAAGAAGACGUGUUUGUUGAUCUCACAUCCCACUUGAGACGAUGA